UCCAGCGCCGCUACUCCAUCUGUAGGUAUAGGUCAGUUCGAAUCCCUGUUAAGAAUUGAUGGUUGCCUUCCUCGAUACCUUAUAGAAAAACAAAUUCACCAAUUGCUGAUGAUGAUUGCUGGGUGGCUAAUUAGCCAGCUCCAGUCCCUUUCCUGCUAUUUCCAUUUUCCACACGUGACUUACAUGGACGAUCCCCAUUGUAAUGUAUACGAUCCUUCAGGUUACUAGUUCUAGUUAAACAUGAACUAGCUUCAGGUUACUACUUAUUACUCCCUCCAUUUCUAAAUAUAAGUCUUUCUAAAGGUUUAAAUAGAGACUACAUACAGAUAUGUAUAGAUAUAUUUUAAAGGGUAGAUCCAUUGAAAUCUCUACAAAGACCUAUAUUUAGGAACGGAGGGAGUAGUUCUACUUAAAAUCUUCUCCCAGCGGAGACUAUUUAGCAAAAAAAAAAAAAAACUGUUAUGCACAGAUACCAGAUACAAGUCUGUUGCCAAAGCCAAAUUAUGUGUUUUUGUCAGAAAACAGAGUUGAGUAGGCAGGAUUCAUGAUGAUAAGUGCUUCCUGAAACAAAUGAUAAUGACGUUUGCCGAAACGAUUCACAGUCAGCUUUACCUGGUAUCUACUUCUUGUUUGCUGCCACACAGAUGCAUCUAUCUAUCAAAUCCACUCUGAUUGACAAACGAAGCAGAAUGCAGAAACAAAAGGUGGCCACAAUGCAGCUUCAACUUCUACCCUAUGAUAUUCUGUGCAACAUAUUGUCACGGUUGUCGAUCAAGGAUGUCGUGAGGAUGAGCAUGCUUUCUCAUGAUUGGAGACAAGAGCGGAUAUGCCACCCAGAUCUGGUCUUCACCAAAGACACCUUUGGUAUCAGUAUUGACCCAGAUCUGGACUUCACCAAAGACGUUUCUGGCAUCAAUACAGACUUGAAUACUAACCGAGCAUGCAGGACUGCUGAAUUCAUCGCUAAUGUGGACAGUGUAUUGCGCCCACCGUGGACUACUACUAAUACAACUACGACUAUGCUGGACAAGUUUGCUGUCGAAUAUGGCCUUCGCAGAAAGCACCAGUAUCAUAUCGAUAGAUGGGUUAGCUUUUUCAUUGCGUCGAGGGCCAAGCACAUUGCUUUUGAUUUUACGUCAGAUAUCAAUUGCUCUGGCUCCCGAUUCGACAAGUACAUGUAUGUCUUCCCAUUGCGAAAGCUGAGCGGUCCAAACGCCUCUUUUGUCAAGUACCUUGAUCUGCGCUACGUGUGGUUAAAACUGCCCCCUAGUUUCGGUGGUAUCACAAACCUUAAGAAACUCACACUGAAUAUGGUGUCCAUCAAUGGAGUUGAUCUACAACGCCUUUUGCGAAGCUGUGCUCUUCUUGAGAGUAUAAAUAUAGAGUGGUGCUCCUCCUUCUCAAGUCUACACAUACGACAGGAGCUGUGUCGGUUACAAUGCAUGCGUGUUCGUCAUUGUAAACUGGAAAUUAUGGAGUUGCAUGCUCUAAGUCUCAAAAAAAUUGAGUUUGACGACUCUCUGACGCAAAUUGUGCUCGGUGAAUGUUCAAAGUUGUCAGAUGCCACCUUUGUGUCAAACAGGAGAGCUAGUGACUUUGAUGAUUAUGGUUUCGACUUCACCUUCACCGAGCUUCCAACCGCUCUUCCUCAUGUGCAAAAACUAGUUAUACUUUUGAAUGUUGAUCAGAUGCUAAGAUUCAGUGAAAACCAGAUCACUAGCUUCACCAAUUUGAGGCAUAUGAACAUGAACUUUGAGAUCGGGUGGGAUCCAUAUGAUGGUAGUUAGGGUUUGUUAAUCUCUUAGAGGAAUUAGAACUGCAUAUGGGUCGUGAAAGGUGUUUCCCUCCUGCUAUGAGGACGACGGCAGCAGCUGCGCAAGGGCCUCUGCAUCAUCACCUCAAGAGUGUCCACAUAUCAGGAUUUUGUGAUGUAUUGGGGCUAGCUGAGUUGGCACUUUACAUCCUUGAGAAUGCUACCACACUUAAUCAUAUGGUAGUAGAACCAGUGGCAUAUGGAGACUCUCGCCAUACCGAUGAUAUCUAUUCAGUAAGCAAGGCCAGUAGUACCAAGGGGGAUCAUUAUUAUGUCCGUGAGAAUAGGAUGUUUGCGGAGAAAAGCCUUGGCAGAGAGGAGUUCUGUCAUAUCCUCACUAUUUUGUGAUUUACAAUGUUAGGGCUGGAGGUAUGUGGAUGGUUGAUGAAUUUUCUUUCAAUUUGAAAGCUUUCUAAACCUGUAUAGGAACCAGUCAGAACGGAGGCAUGCAAGUAAGAGCUGAAUGAUUGGAGACACUAGAAUAUGUAUGUGCCCCAAAAUUCAGUGUUGUCUGCAUUUUGGUUGCUUCAGUAUGGGUUAGCCAUCUUUUCCUUCUACGUGUUUCUUGUUUAUGGCUUGGUAUUAUGAGCAUAGGAAGGUGGAAAUUGGGAGCAGUUUUGAACUGAUAUGUGCUACUCUUUCCCUAAUUGAAUCAUAGAAUCGAUCUCAUCUCAUCU